GCUUAGUAACAAAAAUGCCUUAACUUAAACCUAUAAAUACCAUUCCCCUACUAUCUUCCCUGCCAGACAUAAGAAAUUCACUUCACUCCUAGUUCAUUUUCCUCAAGUUUCCCAACUAAUCACUAUCCAUUAGCAAAUCAUGGGUGUUAUCACAUAUACUGAUGAGUACACCUCCUCAAUCCCUCCAUCCAGGUUGUUCAAAGCCUUGGUCAUUGAUGCUCCCAAUCUGAUCCCAAAAAUCUUUCCCCAGGUUGUUAAAAGCAUAGAAAUCAUUCAAGGUGAUGGAGGGAUUGGUAGCAUCAGGCAGAUCAAUUUCGCUGAAGGCAGCCAACUUAACAGUGUUAAAAACAGGAUUGAUGAGCUUAAUGAAGAGAAUCAUUCAUACAAGUACACUUACAUCGAAGGUGAUGCCUUAGCGGACAAGCUUGAAUCUAUUGCUUAUGAGGUCCAAUUUGAGCCAACACCUGAGGGUGGCAGUAAAAAUAAGAUGACAAGCAAGUACUACACCAAGGCUGAUGUUGUGCUCAGUGAAGAGGAAAUCAAGGCCGGCAAGGAUAACGCCUUGGAGAUUUACAAAAUUGUGGAAGCCUACCUCCUCCAAAACCCUGAUGCCUAUGCUUAGUACUUGUGAUUAAAACCAUUGCUCGUCAAUCCAUGCUUAUGCCUCGUGCUUAAUGGUGUGGCUUUUGAUUUUGUCUAUAUCUAUAAUGGUCUUAUGGAGUGAUAAUAAGCCUCAAUCACUUGUGAUUGUUGGUUGAUUGUAAUCAUGUAAUGCUUCUCUCAAUAAAGACACUCCUUAUAUUUCAA